AUGCUGUUCCUGCAACUUGUGCUGUUGGUGGUUCUCCUCCCGGAGGGUGACAGCGAAGAUGCCUCCCAGGAGCCAGUAUCCUUCCAAGUCAUCCUGACCACAUCCUUUUACAACAGCUCCUGGACACAAAAUCUUGCCUCAGCUUGGCUGGAUGAGCUGCAGACUCACAGCUGGGACAGUGACUCUGGCACUUUCUUGUUCCUGUGGCCUUGGGCCAAAGGCAAAUUGAGCAAAGAGGAGCUGAUUGAACGGGAAAGGACAUUCCAUACCUUCUCCAUUAGAUUUCCUCUGAUAUUUCAGGACAGUGUCAGUGACUGGCAGCUUGAAUAUCCCUUUCAGGUACAGAUGGCAGAAGGCUGUGGCCUGUACUUUGGGAAACCAUCUGUAGGAUUCAUGCAGAUUGCUUAUCAAGGAUCAGAUCUUGUGAGUUUCCAGAACAAGUCAUGGUGGCCAUCUCCAAAGGGAGGAAGGAGAGCUCAGCAAGUCUGCAAACUGUUAAAUCAGUACCAUGUGGUCAAUUUAAGAAUACAUUCACACAUCAGUGACUUCUGUCCCCAUUACCUGUUGGGUCUUCUUGAUGCAGGGAAGGCAGAUCUCCAGCGACAAGUGAGGCCCGAGGCCUGGCUGUCCGCUGGCCCCAGCCCCAGGUCUGACCAUCUGCGGCUGGUGUGCCAUGUCUCCGGCUUCUACCCCAAGCCUGUGUGGGUGACGUGGAUGCGGGGCGAGCAGGAGCAACAGGGCAGCUGGCGAGGUGACGUCCUGCCCCAUGCUGAUGGCACGUGGUAUCUUCAGGUGUCCUUGGAUGUGAAAGCCAAGGAGGUGGCCGGCCUGUCCUGCCGUGUGAGACACAGCAGUCUAGGAGGCCAGGACAUGGUCCUCCACUGGGAGCGGCCCCACUCCAUGGGCUUGGUCUUCCUGGUGGUGAUCGUGCCCCUGGUGCUCCUGGCAGGCCUGGCGUGGUGUCUCUGGAAGCGCUGGAAAACACACAACAGACCUCAGUGCACGGACUUCCCUUUGAAGUGA